AACCAAAGCAAACAAACAAGCCAGUUUCCAAAAGCUUAGACUUAUAAUUACCCGAAAUAGGUACUAUGGCCUUAAAGUCUGUUAUUGUUUUUAGCCUCUUGCUUGCUUGCAUUGCAAUGCCACUGGCUGAAGCACAACUUGGUGGGCUUGGUGGGCUUGGUGGGCUCGUUGGGUCUCUCUUUGGGAUUUUUAGAAUCCAAGGCAUUAUAUAUUGCACUCCUAAUGGGAACAUUGGUGUCAAUGGCACUUCCACCCCUGUCUUCCCCAAUGCUUUGGUGCAAUUGCAAUGCGGUGGAAAUGUGGUGUCCACGGCUACGACGAAUGGGUCGGGAGUAUUUUCAAUACUUUUAGACCCUCUCAACUUUCUCCUGCCGACGCUUAUUUCAGGGUGCAGAGUGGUCGUCAGCACACCUUUGGUCUCUUGCAACGCGAAUUUACCUUCGGUCGGAGGUCUCAUCUCGAAUUUGCAGUUCAUAGGGAGUACUAUAACUGGGCCCUUGAACAUUGCCAACAUCAUCCCUAUUGGUUUUCAGUUCAAUGCUAAUAUGAACUAGCCAGUGGUGCAUGCAUCAUAGUUGAUUCAUGUCCUAUCAAUCAAUAAUGUCAUCUUGUUCCCCUACAACAAGUUUGUGCUUUUCUUUUUUAAGUAAUUGUGAUAUAUAGUGAUGAUAUAUGUAUCUAAGUUUGUAAGAAAUAUUCUGUUCUACCUUUGGUUUUGUAAUGAAAUUCUAAAUUAUGUAUCNAAAGUAAUAA